AUGGCCGGUGCUGCUGCUUCCUUUACCUCUCUUCUUUUGAUAUCUUCUCUUUUACUAGCUUAUUCCCAUGUGAGUGCCUUGGGGGUAGAGUACUCCUCUCUCCCUCUGGUGAAGGGGCUCUCAUGGAAAUAUUACGACUCCAGCUGUCCUAAGCUUGAGUCGAUUAUCAGAAAGCACCUGAAGAAGGUCUUCAAGGAGAACAUUGGCCUGGCUGCCGCCUUGCUCCGCAUCCAGUUCCAUGACUGCUUUGUUCAGGGAUGUGAUGCUUCGUUGUUGCUUCAUGGAUCAACCAGUGGACCAACCGAGCAGGAUGCUCCUCCCAACCUUACCUUGAGGCCCGAGGGAUUUGAGGUCAUCAAUGAUCUCCAUCAGCUCGUCCACGAUAACUGUGGAAGUGUCGUCUCUUGCGCCGACAUCACUGCCAUAGCAGCACGUGACUCUGUUUUUCUGUCAGGAGGUCCCGACUACAAUUUGCCACUAGGAAGGAGAGAUGGUCUAACCUUCGCUACAAGGGAUGUAACAUUGGCCAAUCUUCCCGCACCCUCAAGCAAUACUAGUGUCCUUCUCGACUCUUUGGCCACCAAAAACUUGGACGCCACCGAUUUGGUAGCCCUCUCCGGCGGCCACACCAUCGGCCUCGGCCAUUGCGCCGCCUUCAUCGAGCGGCUCUACCCGACUCAAGACCCUACACUGGAAAAAACAUACGCCAAAGACCUCAAACAAGUUUGUCCCACGCAGGAUUCCAACGACACCACGGUGUUGGAUAUCCGGUCGCCCAACAAGUUUGAUAACAAGUACUACGUUGACCUCGUGAACCGGCAGGGGCUGUUCACGUCCGACCAAGACAUGUACACGGAUAGCAGGACAAAGGACAUUGUCACUAGCUUUGCUGUCGACGAGGAUCUCUUCUUCGAGCAGUUUGCCAAGUCCAUAAUUAAAAUGGGGCAAUUGAGCGUGUUGACGGGCAACAAAGGGGAAAUUCGUGCCAAUUGCUCUGUGAGGAAUUCUGAUAAUAUCAAAUUGGCAUCUAUGGUGGAUGAUGAUGAUCAGGAGAGUGCAUCUGAAUUAUGAUCGAGGGUGGUAAUUAAUUGUGAUCAACUCGUGGCCUAGCUAGUUAAUUUACAUAUGUAUUUUCCUUUCUUUUUUUCUUUUUUUUCCUCAAUGUUUGUGUGUUUGAAACCUUGCUUAGUUUAAUAUGUUACAACUAUGAUAAAUUGCUCCUACCAAUUA